CGCGGGUAGUGUGUAGUUACGGCUACUUGUUGCUUCUCUUCUCCGUGACUGCUGCAAAUCCUAUCGACAGACACGAUCCGAAUCGGGAAUAUGAUUGAAUUGUAACCCUAACUCCUCUUCACAGCUAAAAUUACUCUCCGUUAUCAUAGUCAUCCACGCGCCUUGUUCAUAUGGACUCGCGACGCGCCUCGCGGGCCCUCAUCGACCCUAAAGUCAGGCGCGUCGGUUUCUUCUCUGCGCGUGAAGAAUCCGACCCACCCGAACCCGAAUCUGUCUCCCCGGUUAUGAUACCGCCGCCACGUAAUCUUUCCGAGCGAACGGCCGCCGUGCCAGUCCCCGAGUCCGGGGUUCGGCGCCAGGGGUCUGGUGACCAGGUGCCAAUUGGAAGCUACAAUCCCUCCGAGUCACUGCUCGGAACCUCGCCGGCGGCAUCGCCUUCUUCGAGCCGUGUUGGGAUCGGCGGAGAGUUUUCUGAGGAAUCUUCCGGCUGGUUCCAUCGCAGCGACUUGAGUUUUUCCGGAGGAGGGUUUGAUUUGCAGGCCGUGAAGCUUCCGGAGAAUUCGGUGGAGAACAACUUCACUGUGGGGGUGAAUAUGAAAAAUCUUGCUGGAGCAACUGAAAAGAGGGAAGAGGCUGUCAAAGAAGUACGCCCUGAUCUGCCAUCAAUUUCAAAGCCACUGAAAGAAAAAACUACAAAGGCCGAGAGAAGAGCCUUGCAGGAGGCACAAAGAGCUGCCAAAUCUGCUUCUAAAGCUGAUGGAAGUACAGCAGUUGCUGAAUAUGGCAGAGUAGCUCCUGGUAAAAGUAUGAAGCAUUCUUCACAAAAGAAAAAUGGUCCUCCUGUUACACCAUCAGUGGCUACUGAAAAGAAAUCAGGAGAUCAUCCUUUGGAGAAAGAGAGGAAAAAAGAUGCCCCUCCUCCACGAAUGCAAUUUGAUGACAAAAGCAGAGUGGAAAAGGCUAAAAGGCGUGCAGUAGUCAAUCAAACUGAAGCUACAAACAGAGUUGAAUUAUUUCGACAUUUGCCUCAAUAUGAACAUGGGAAUCAACUUCCUAAACUUGAAUCAAAGCUUUUUAAACUUGAUUCAGUGCAUCCUGCUGUGUUCAAGGUUGGAUUGCAUUAUUUGACAGGAACUAUAUCAGGGAGUAAUGCUCGUUGUAUUGAAAUGCUAAGAGCAUUUCAAGAAGCCAUUAGAGACUACUCCACACCGACUGAAAAAGCCCUUGUUAGGGAUUUAACUGCAAAAAUCAGUAGUUAUGUUUCAUUUUUUACUGAAUGCAGACCUCUUUCUAUUAGCAUGGGAAAUGCAAUUAAUUUUGUAAAGAGUCGUAUAGCCAAGUUGCCUUUCAAUCAUACUGAAUCUGAGGCAAAAACAGCUCUUUGUUCUGAUAUUGAUAGAUUCAUUAAUGAGAAAAUAAUUCUUGCUGAUAAGGUGAUUGUUGGACAUGCUGCUCCAAAGGUUAGAGAUGGAGAUGUUCUUCUUACAUAUGGAUCGUCAUCUGCUGUUGAGAUGAUUCUUUUAUAUGCCCAUUAUCUUGGGAAACAGUUCCGUGUUGUGGUGGUGGACUCUCGACCAAAGCUUGAAAGUCAGGCCUUACUUCGCAGGCUUGUUGCCAAGGGCCUGAGUUGUACAUAUACUCAUAUAAAUGCUGUUUCUUAUGUCAUGCAUGAGGUUACACGAGUUUUUCUGGGAGCUUCUGGCGUUCUGUCUAAUGGAACUGUAUAUUCAAGGGUUGGGACUGCCUGUGUUGCAAUGGUGGCUCAUUCAUUCCGUGUUCCUGUAUUGAUCUGUUGUGAAGCUUAUAAGUUUCAUGAAAGGGUGCAACUUGAUUCCAUAUGUUCCAAUGAACUAGGUGACCCAGAUGCUGUUGCCAUUGUUCCUGGAAGAAAGGAUGUCAAUUAUCUGCACAAUUGGACUAGUGAAAACAAUUUGCAGCUUUUGAAUUUGAUGUAUGAUGUCACUCCUUCAGAUUAUGUCUCGGCAAUUGUUACGGAUCAUGGAAUGAUCCCUCCUACAAGUGUGCCCGUAAUUGUACGAGAGUAUGGACGAGAGCACUUGAUAUAGAGCAGAUUGAUCUGAAAAUCAAGAGAAACGGUGAAUGCAAUUUGGACCAAAAACACGAGAACAAAUAAUACGUACACUUUGGACAAGGAAAAGAGCAAAUAAUACUCAUGCUUGGCUUAACGAACACGUAGAUAGCACUUAGCAGCAUACGAAUAUUAACGAAUUGUGAUGUGAGUUGUGACAUCAAUUAAAAGUCAAUUAUUUCUUGUAAAAUUCUUUUAUGUUCUGCUAAUUGCUUGUAAAAUUCAGUUGCCAGAUAAGAAGCUUUUUUACCAUUUAGGUGGAU